UCCUCGCAUUGUGUGUGCCGCGACAUUUAGAGAAAGCGAAAAGCUUCGUAUCCAAACCGAAAAGGCAGCCCGCUGUCAACACUAUAUCUGUAAGUCAUUCAUUAUUUUCGCGCCGCGUGUGUUCGCUAAAAUAAAAAACUUUAUUUUGUUUUCGAAGUUUUUAAGUUCAAAUAUGCCGAAAAGAAAGUGUGAGUGUAAGGAAGAAAGGUACCAAAGGAAGAUUAAGAGGUUGAAAAGGAAAUUGAAGAAAAAUAAGGCCAGAUCGAACGAAAAUCGUUCACCGUCACCAGUCGAGUCUUCGCCGCCAUCACCGGUAUCAUCGUGCGACGAGGCAGAAAGUGACGCUGAUGUCGAAAUACUCGGCACGGACCCUGCAGGUGCUGAAUGUGUGAUCAACACACAAGAUAAAGACCCUUCAACAGAAGUGUUGGAUGACACUAUAAUAAAAGCCUUAGGGCAGACCUUAUCCAGUGAAAAAGAAUAUGGGCCUGAUAUUCACUUGGAGUUAAAAAAGAGGGUCGAAGGUAUAAUUAUAAAUGGCCUUAAACAAGAAACUAAGGAUGAACUUGUGAAAAAGUACCUAGUACCUUCCAACCUCAAGCUUUUAGAUGCACCAAAACUUAAUAAAGAGCUAGAAGGGCUACUAAAUGACGCUAUGAAGGCCCGUGACAAGCGGGUUCAAGAUCGCCAACAACAAAUAGGCAUUGCAACAGCGGCUUUGUUGUGUGCGACAGACAAAUUAAUUAAAGGGGAUGUGGACAAGAUAAGUCUGAUCUCAACAAUCAGUGAUGUAACACGACUAUUGACAGAUCUGCAUUACCAGGAUACGAUCACCAGGAAGAAGCUGGUGAUUCCUAGCUUGGACCAAAAUGUCGGGAAGACGGUGGAGAACCAAGAACGUGAUGAAUUUCUCUUUGGAGAAAAAUUCAAUGAGAACGUGAAGUCGGCCACAGCCAUUAAAAAAUCUGCUGGGACCAUUUUAAAACAAAACUCCAAUCGGAAAACCAACUACAGGCCGACUCAGUCCCAAAAGAGUUUCCCUAAAAAGCAGGGAAACUACAAGGGCCGUCCCCGAGCGAGUAUGACACAGUUCAAACAGGGAGGGGGCGGCAGAUACCAGCAGACACAGAGCUACAAGCCGAGACCCCCACCACGUCCUCCAGUCAAGGCUCCUGUCCGACAGUCUUAGAGAACUCUACACCCCCUGUACAACAGUCUUUCCCUGGGAGCCUGCAUCUUAUCAGGGAAGCGUUCCGGAGAAAACUAACUCCUGACGAAACAAUAGAAGUUAUGGUAGCGUCCUUAUCACAAAACACUAUAAAACAAUACACAACAGCGCUUAAAAAAUGGUGGUCAUUUUGUAACGGAGAAAACGUAUACGAGUUGUCAAUACCUAAAAUCUUAAAAUUUUUCACAGAAAUGUUAUCGCAAGGCGCUUCGUACGCUACUCUAAAUACAUGCCGUUCAGCGCUCUCGCUUAUUAUAGAUACAAUAGUAGGAUCUGAUAUACAAAUUAAGAGAUUUUUUAAGGGAGUUUUCAAACUAAAACCCUCUAGACCUAAGUAUAACGAUACAUGGGAUCCAUCCGUUGUGUUGAAUUAUAUCCAGAAUUGGUCACCAAACAGCAGCCUUAACUUAGAAAAAAUAACCAAGAAAUUAGUUAUGUUAUUAGCCCUUACAACGGCUCAACGUAUUCAGACAUUGUCCGUUAUUCGAUUGAGUAACAUUGAGUUCACGGACAACGGUGUCAAAAUAGCAAUAACCGACUUAUUAAAAACAACGACGCCGUGUAAGGACCAAGUCAUAAUAAAGCUUCCUUCCUUAGAAGCAAAUCCAGAAAUUUGCCCCGUAUCGACACUGCGAUAUUAUAUAGACUACACUAGUGCACUUAGAGAAGGAGACUCUGACAAACUACUUAUUUCUUAUAGAAAACCACAUAACUGUGCCAGCAAUCAAACCAUAAGUCGCUGGAUCAGGCAAGUUAUGGCCGAGUGUGGGAUUGAUGUAAAAAAGUUUACCCCUCACUCCACGCGUCACGCGUCCACGUCUUUGGCGCGUAGAGAAGGCGUAACUUUGGACUGCAUAUUUAAGGCUGCUGGUUGGUCCGCAGGUUCAAGUGUUUUUGCUAAUCACUAUAAUAGACCGUUAUGUAUAGAUAAGGAUGAUUAUAAUUUUUCUAAAGUUAUAUGUAACGUUAAAGUUUAAUUUUAAUUGAGUAGUGAAACAUUUAAUUGAUGUUGAUUAAUGAUGUGAUACCUAAUAUUACAUAAGACUGAUUAUUAAAUACUGAAUUAAGAAGACUGAUUAAACUCUGUGUUUUGAUUGCGUAAUAAACAACCUUAUGAUUCCCAACAAUUCUCUAAACAUCUACACAGUGAAUAUAGAAGAUAUCUCGGACUAAGCUUGAGUAUAAUUACAUAAUUAAACGAACUUACCUGAAGUGAAGUUCUAUUGUAAUUAUACGAAGAGCUUAGUCCGAGAUAUCAAGCUCCCACCCACCCUUUUUCAUAAUCAUAGAUUAUAUGCCCCUGGAAGGUUGGAAAUCAUAAUGAUACUACUAAUGCUCUGAAAAGAAUGACUUACAGAUAUAGUGUUGACAGCGGGCUGCCUUUUCGGUUUGGAUACGAAGCUUUUCGCUUUCUCUAAAUGUCGCGGCACACACAAUGCGAGGAUUGUGGAACUACACAGUGAAUAUAGAAGAUAUCUCGGACUAAGCUCUUCGUAUAAUUACAAUAGAACUUCA